AUGUUUUCUGGAAUUUACAUAGAGGCAGUUUUCUUCUUUGUCAUCAUUGGGAUCAUCAUUAUUAUUAAAGACAAGAACAAUAAACUGACCGAGGAAAUAAAACAGAAUGAGACGCAGUUAAAGUUUAGACUUGGCACAUUGGAAGAUGAACUCAACAAAUGGAAACAAGAACUGGAAAAGGAAAAAGAUGAGAACCAGAAGCUGCAGAACAAAGUCAAAACUGAACUGGAGAACCAGAAGGAUCAGCUGAACCAGAAACUCCAAGACGUCGAGAUUAAGAGGAAGGAAAACAAAGAGGAAGUUCAGAUGAUGGAGAAAAAAAUAACUGAGAAAGAAAACUAUGAUAACAAGGAUCUGCUAUUAGGGGAAAAACAAAAGCUGUUAGAGUCCCAGUGGAAACUGGAUGAGGAGAAAAAACUUUAUCAAAAACAGAUACUCAACAUAGAGAAGGCUUUGGAACCUAUAGAGAUACACAUGAUGAGAAUGAAGGAAAAAAAAUAAUGAUGUUGAGAAAACAGUAGAGGAUGAUGAAGAUGCCAAUGCUAUGGCCCUUGGCCUUGUAUGUUUUCUUUUUCUCUUCCUUUUCUGUGUAGCUGCACCUUUCCUGCCAGUUGACUCCAUUGAGAACUGGAUGCAGUCCUACUUCUGUGCAGCUUCCCGAGGCCUACAGCAGAGCUGAUUGGCUCACCAAUUGUCAGCUCCACCAAUCCCUGAUGAGGCCUCCCGUUUCAAAUUUACUACUUCCAAAGAGAAGAUGCGGCUGAUUUUUUGUUGAGACAUCUUGCCACUUUGCUGGGUGUUUGAAUGCUUUAAAUA